AUGGCCAGCUGGCGGUCAGCUGUUCGCGGCUGAGAUUUCAUCGCGAGCGUGUGUGUUUAAUUGCCGGUUUUUAAUUAAACUGCGGCAUGUACAACUCGGCCAAGCAGCUGCAGCGCGUGCUGACAGCCCGCGAGAUUCGGAAGACCUUUCUGGAUCACUUCACCGGCAGCCAUGGCCACAAGUUCGUCCGCUCCAGCCCGGUGGUGCCCUUCUGCGAUCCCACCGUGGCCUUCGUCAACGCGGGCAUGAAUCAGUUCAAGUCGGUGUUCCUGGGCACGGCCGCAGCACCCCACAAGCGGGUGGCCAACUCGCAGAAGUGCGUCCGUGUGGGUGGCAAACACAAUGAUCUGUCCGUGGUGGGCACGGAUGGCUAUCACCACACCUUCUUCGAGAUGCUGGGCAACUGGUCCUUCGGGGAUUACUUCAAGCGGGAGGCCUGUUCCAUGGCCCUGGAGCUGCUCCGUGGUCCCUACAACAUAGAUCCAGGUCGCCUGUAUGUCACCUACUUUGCUGGCGACAAGCUGCUGGGCAUACCAGCCGAUCUCGAGUGCUUUGAGAUCUGGAGGAGCCUGGGCUUUCCCGCCUCGCGCAUCCUGCCCUUUGGCUGCGCCGACAACUUCUGGGAAAUGGGUGCCACCGGGCCUUGCGGUCCCUGCACCGAAAUCCACAUAGAUCAUCGGCCUGAUCUGGGCAGUGUGGAGCAGCGCGCCAAGUUAGUGAAUGCCGGUCGCUCCGAUCUCACAGAGCUGUGGAAUCUGGUCUUCAUUCAGUACAAUCGUCAUGCGGAUGGCAGCAUCUCUCCCUUGCCCGCCCAUCAUGUGGACACCGGCAUGGGUUUCGAGCGUCUGACGGCUGUGCUGCAGAACAAGAGCUCCAACUACGAUACGGAUCUGUUUACCCCGAUCUUCGAUGGCAUCCAGCAGGUGGCAAAGGCGCCGGUUUACAGUGGUAGCUUUUCCAACGGCGAAAGUGCAGCACUAUUGGACACCAGCUACAGAAUAUUAGCCGAUCAUGCCCGUAUGGUCACCGCCUGUCUGGCUGAUGGAAUGCUUCCAGAUCAGAAUCAGAAACUCCGUCGCGUGCUGAGAAAAGCUCUCAACAUUUCGGAGCACGUCUUCGCCCAUGAGAAGCUACUGACCCAACUAGUUCCAAUUGUGGUGGAGACGCUGGGUGAGGCCUAUCCGGAGAUGUCUGCCAGGCAGCAGGCGGUCAUCGACUUGAUUAACCACGAGCAGGAGGUGUACAAGAACUUGAGAGAGAGUUCCUCCAAAGCGUUUGCCGAGGUGCUCACCGAGUUUCCCAAUCUGGAUGACAUUGAUCUAAUGGAGUGCCCCGGAUUCGUGCCCGCCUACCGAGAGUUCCAGGUGCAGCGCAGCAAGUUUCCAAACAACACCAUACCAGGCGACUUCCUAUACAAACUGACGGAUACCUAUGGCCUCACCGAAGAGAGCUUCCUGAAGCUGGCUGAACUGGAGAACAUGAACUGUGAUUUGGAGCGCUACAGGGCGGAGGUCAGUCUGGCCAAAAUCAAAGCCAAGGGCAGCCAGAGAGAGAGCGAGGGAGGAUCACUCGCCGACUUGGUCAAUGAGCAGCGAAUUGCCGAGGCCCAGGCGGAGCUAACGAAGCGUCUGGCGCCCACCGACAACAAUCACAAGUACGCUUACUCCUUCGACAAGGAGAGUGAUUCAUACCAGAUACCUCCAGUGAGGACGCGCGUCCUGGGAAUGCUUCUGAACGAUGCGGAAGUGUCGCGAACUCAAGGCAGUCGCAUACAGGAGCCCGCCACUGACUUGAUUUCCCUUGUGACGGCGGCCAGCAAUUUCUACUACGAAUCUGGUGGUCAGCAGUCGGAUGGGGGAAAGAUCCUUGUCAGCAAUCCCCACCAGCCAGAGCAGCCUUAUUUGCUAGACGUGAUCGAUGUCAAACAUCUCAACGACUGCGUGGUGCAUGUCUGUAAGCUAACCAGUCCCACAGAUGCCUUUGAGCUGGCCAUUGGCGACGAGGUGGAGCUGCAGGUGGACGCCCAGCAGAGACAACUCAACACUUGCCAUCACACAGCCACCCACCUGCUAAACGCCGCCAUCCGUUCGCUUUUCAAGAAGGUUACCUACCAGGUUUCCAGCUCUGUGACCAGCGAUCACUGCAAAUUGGAGCUGGGACUUCUGGGCAAGCGCAUCCAAAAGGGUGAUGUGCAGCUCAUUGAAGACCUCAUCAACCGCGUCAUCUGCUCUGCCACGCCUGUUGAGGUUGAGUUGCUGAGUGCUGCCGAGGUUCUGCAGCAGAAUGAUAUAACAAUGGUGCCUGGCGAGGUUUAUCCGGAGCACGGGUUGCGGUUGGUCAACGUGGCGAGUCCUGAGCUGCACCUGAGCUCCAAGGAGCUGUGCUGCGGCACUCAUGCCACCAAUACCAGUGAACUCUCCUGCUUCUGCAUCGUUAAUUUAAAGCAGACAAACCGGGCGAGAUUCGCCUUCACCGCUGUGGCUGGCCAGGCGGCGGAAAAUGUGCUAAAAACAGCUGCCCUGCUGCGCCAUCGCGUGGAUCUCCUCGAGCAGCAGUUCCAGACUGAUAAGCUCACAAAUGCCACGGAGGCGGAACUGCAGACCAUUCGUCACAACAUGCUGCACACGGACAUCAAGCUGCCAUAUGCGUUCAAGAUGGACACUUUGGAACGCAUCACCGAGAUGCUGAAGAGAAUCAAGGAUUCCUCGCGCACAACCCUUAAGGAAUUUGUGGAUGUGGAGAUGCGCAACCUGCUGCAGGAAAAACCCCUGGAUACUCACCCCUUCAUCCUGCACUACAUCACCAGCUCCGCUCUCGUGGAGGAGAUUCCCCUGCAACGCGCCACCAAACUCUGUCAGGAUCGGCCUAUCCUGGUGAUCAGCAUGUGUGAUGGCGUGGUCAAGGCUCGCUGUUGCGUGCCAGCCAGCUGCAUCACAGACAAAUUCAACGCUUCCGCUUGGCUGCAAUCCUUCGCCGAGACCUUUGGCGGCCAGAUAGCCGCGCCCAAGGGUCAAAAUGCGCAGGCCGUGUGCAACAUGAAGGGUCGGCGGGUGACCAAUCUGUUCGAGGAGCAAUUGGAGCAGGCCAUGUCCAAGGCACACGCGUACGCUAAGCUUUAUCUAUAGUCAUAAGUUGUGAUUACCCUCCAAAAUGUGCUAGCUGUAAGCUUGCCCUUUAAAUGAAGCAUAAAUAGAGGAGUUCUUAAGUAUAAAAUAA